GCGAUCGGUUUCAGAGUGAACCUCAGGCAACUUGGAGUAGCAUCAACGGAUCGGGAACUGAAAUUGAGUUGGGCAAACAAAUCGAAAACGAAAACGGGGAAAUAAAACCAAAACAAACAGAACGUGAAAAGUGCAAAUAGAAAUCGAUAUCGCAACAUUGUCAGCGGUAUGGAUGCCAAGGAAUUUCGGGAAUUCGGCAAGGCGGCGAUUGACUACAUAGCCGACUACCUGGAGAACAUCCGGGAUGACGACGUGCUGCCCAAUGUGGAGCCGGGCUAUCUGCUGGACCUGCUGCCCACCGAGAUGCCGGAAGAGCCCGAAGCGUGGAAGGAUGUCCUCGGCGACAUUAGUCGCGUCAUCAAGCCGGGACUGACCCACUGGCAGUCGCCCCACAUGCACGCCUACUACCCCACCAGCACCUCGUAUCCCUCCAUUGUGGGCGAGAUGCUGGCCAGCGGGUUUGGCGUCAUCGGAUUCAGCUGGAUCUGCAGCCCCGCCUGCACAGAACUGGAGGUGGUGGUCAUGGAUUGGCUGGCCAAGUUCCUGAAGCUGCCUGCACACUUCCAGCACGCCAGCGAUGGACCAGGAGGCGGAGUGAUCCAGGGAUCGGCUAGCGAGGCUGUGUUGGUGGCUGUCCUAGCUGCCAGGGAACAGGCUGUGGCCAGCUACAGGGAAUCGCAUCCGGAGCUGAGCGAAAGCGAGGUGCGUGGCCGCUUGGUGGCCUACUCCUCGGACCAGAGCAACAGCUGCAUCGAAAAGGCUGGAGUCCUGGCUGCCAUGCCGAUUCGUUUGCUGCCGGCUGGAGAGGAUUUCGUACUAAGAGGCGAUACACUGAGAGGGGCCAUCGAGGAGGACGUGGCAGCGGGCAGGAUUCCGGUGAUCUGCGUUGCUACUCUGGGCACCACGGGCACUUGUGCCUAUGACGACAUUGAAUCCCUGUCCGCCGUCUGCGAGGAAUUCAAGGUUUGGCUCCAUGUUGAUGCCGCCUAUGCCGGCGGAGCCUUUGCUCUGGAGGAGUGUUCGGAUCUGCGAAAGGGAUUGGAUCGCGUGGACUCGCUGAACUUCAACCUGCACAAGUUCAUGCUGGUCAACUUCGAUUGCUCGGCCAUGUGGCUAAGGGAUGCCAACAAGGUGGUCGACAGCUUCAAUGUGGAUCGCAUCUACCUGAAGCACAAGCACGAGGGUCAGUCGCAAAUUCCCGACUUCCGUCACUGGCAAAUCCCGCUGGGUCGUCGCUUCCGAGCACUGAAAGUCUGGAUCACAUUCCGCACUCUGGGAGCCGAGGGAUUGCGAAACCAUGUGCGCAAGCACAUCGAGUUGGCCAAACAGUUUGAGCAGCUGGUGCUCAAGGAUUCGCGAUUCGAGCUGGUGGCUCCUCGAGCCCUGGGACUGAUUUGUUUCCGGCCCAAAGGCGACAACGAGAUUACCACCCAGUUGCUGCAGCGACUGAUGGAUCGAAAGAAGAUCUACAUGGUUAAGGCCGAGCAUGCGGGUCGUCAGUUUCUGCGAUUCGUCGUAUGCGGCAUGGACACCAAAGCCUCCGAUAUUGAUUUUGCCUGGCAGGAGAUCGAGUCUCAGCUGACGGACCUGCAGGCGGAGCAAUCCUUGGUGGCCCGCAAAUCGGGAAACGUAGGCGAUAUUGCGCAGCACUUCCAGAUCCAUCUGAGCACCGAAAAUGCAACGCACGAGAAAUCUCAGUGAGAAAAACGGUUAAACUAUUUAUGUUUAGGGACAACCUAGUUAGUUUGCGAUGUAGUUUGUAACUUUCCACAUGUUUAUAAAUAAAGUGAAAUUAAAUGUACGAUCAU